CACAAAAUCCUCCAGUCGUUCAAGCCCGUUCCAGCUGUUCAGACGUGUAUUGCGCGCCCAGAUCUAAGACGGGGGCGCCCGACAGCCUCGUGUGUGAGUGUGUGUGAUUGUGUGUGUGAGGGUGUGUGUGUGUGCGCGCUCAAGUGUAUGCACCGUACUUGGAUUUCAAACUAGUACCCAAUAAUCUGGUUAUUCACACCCCGUUCACAAGGAAUUUCUGCGGCCUUCACUGGCAAAAGAAAAACAAUACCAAAACAAUUGAAAAAGGUCCCCUUUUUCGCCACUAGACGCCAUCUUGUUGUGUAUAUGCUUUGUGUGUGUGCCAAUCUGAAAAUUGAAGAAACGAAGGCAGGAAACACAAAAUAACAAAACUCAUUUGGGAAUUUCUCGUUUUUUUGUUUUUUGCUUUGGAAAAACCCAAUUGCAUCUGUUUACCCUGAGUGGAUUAUUUUACGUUCAUCAUCUUUUGUUACUGUUACUCCCGGACUCGGCCAACAUAGAUUCCACGAAGAAGAAGAAAAGAAAGAGCCCGAGGAUAAACAUUUGAUGGAUGAAAGGUGAAUGAAAUAGUGGCAAUGUGGCGGCUCUCCUAUCUGUGAUUGUGUGUCUGUGUUUGUCUGGUCUGUGUGUGCGUGUGUCUGCUGGCGUAAACGGGAAAAAAUAAAUCCGUGGGCGCGCGCGCGCGCGCGCAUCCGAUCGACUUUUUGAGGAAAAAAACAAAAAAAAACAAAUAAAACGGGUGCCGUGAAAGCCGCCGGAUCGUCCGCGAGGUGGCGUCCAUCGAUCAUUGCACGGCACGGAAGGAAACUGGCGACUGCCGUGGUGGACUGGCUGCGUUGAAACGGACGGGCCUUCAUGGCAAACCAUGCCAAGACCAUCGUCACUCAAAGCAGCCGAACGAGCAGUCCAUCGACACACCGGAAUCUGGUCAUCAUCAGUCCGGAAGAAUUGGAUCGGCCACACCGAUCAUCACAAAUGGAACUCGUACCAGACAGGCCGUCAAGGAUACCCGCGUUGGCUCCCGCACGGCCGGCCACUGCCGCUCUUCCGGGCGUCGCUGUUCGAAUUCAAUCGACGAGACGAGUCACGUCUCCGCUCGUCGUUCCAAGAGUUGCCGCACCGACGUUACCCCUCCGGCCACCGAUAACCACCUACACGACGAAUGGCAGCAACACUAACGACGCGAUUAGUAACAAUCGAUCGUUAUUGUUGGCAUCGUCGUCAAGUGAAACAGAGGUCAUAUCGCUAUCACAACCUCGACCGGAUGGCGAACGCGUUCGAAACGAGUACAUCGACACGCCAUUGAAAGGUGGUCUGCGUUCGACUCCGCUUCACGCCGAAACUCACAUCCACAUAAGCGGAUCGCCUCACGAUCAUUUGGCAUUGGUCAGCCCGUUGGGUAGUCAAUCAUCGUCCAAAACGUGUUCGACUAAAUCACUGCCAUUCAACCAUACGGCCAACACACCGUUAACGUCUCCGUCGUUGAAACGUCUGCAGAGUACGCGUCGUUCGUUGCCCAUCACCAAACAACCCGCCCUCACCAAAGAUUCGUCUGCUGCCCAUGCGGCGUGUCGUCUGCGCGAUGGCGGAGCCAUUCAUUGUCCGUCUGCUUCGUCGCCGACCACAUCCUCGUCGCGCAUGGUUUUCUCUUCGCCCGGCAGCCAGAGUAGCAGCGGUGGUAGUGAUUCGAUCAUUUGUCCCGAUUGUGACCGAUGUCGUUGUCUAUCGUGUCGGACUCCUCGCCCCCUACCGUCCAAAUGGUUGUGCGGCGACAAGUGCCUCUGUUCGGCCGAAUCGUGCGUCGAUUACGUCACGUGCCUCUGCUGUGUAAAAGGAAUUUUUUACCAUUGCGGAUCGUCGUCGGACGAUGGCGCCGAUGACGACGACCUACGUCGACGUAAUCGAUACCAUCAGCAAUCGUCGUCCAAUAAUGCCGCUGCUGGAAACAAUGGAUCGUGUGCCGAUGCUCCGUGUUCGUGUGUGCCCAGUCAUCAUCGGAUGGCUCGUUGGGGCUGUCUGGCCUCUCUAACUCUGGUAAUGCCCUGUUUGCUUUGCUAUUGGCCACUUCAAGGGGGUGUCAAAGUGGUUGAAAUGUGCUACCAAAAAUGCACGCGGCACGGAUGCCAAUGCGAUCAGCACCAGCAAAGAAGAAGACCCACGUCAUCCUCGUCGGCAUCAUCGCAGGCCGCGUCUUCGAAAACGGCCGUUGUCGUCCAGCCUCUACCCACUAAUUCUUCGGGGAAACGUCUUUUAGAUAUUUAAAAUCCAACAAAAGAAACCACACGCAAACACACACAAACAAAGACUUAUAUCGAUGAUGAAUCUGUGACAAAACUCUUUCAUGUCGUUUAUGUCGUUCAUUUCUCUCGACAUUAUUCUCUCUAUUUCUCUCUCAAUUCGUUAUUUUGCAUCCUCCACACACGCGUCCCUGUGAGGUUGUUUGAUUCCCAAUUUAUUUUCUAAAAAAAAAAUUAUUAGAAGAGCCUCUGAAAAAAACAAAACAAAAAAUCAUUUGACUGAAAAACCAAAGAGGACUAAUGCCAAGACAUUUCCGUCAGCAAUCCCAUUUUAUUUUCUCGAGGCUUUUCAUCUAAACCAAUGUGGGGUACAUAUAUGCAAAUAUGUAUUGAACAGAAAAA